AUGCCGUUCAGCGAGUCAGCUUUAUCAAACCAUAAACGUAAGGUGAGCAAGAUGGAGGAAGAAAGUGUGUUUACAGGUAAGACUUUCAGAAUCAUCACAGAUGCAAAAGAAUGGUAUUUUAUGGAAUGCUCGCUUGAUGAUCAGGAUAGGCUAAGAUUCAAACUAUCAGAACCAGUGAUCGUUGUAUAUAAGGACGAGAAUAUGGAAAACAUG